GGGUGAGACGCAGGGCUCCGAACGUCAAAGCCCUGCGUCCUCCGGCACCCAGAGCGGUAGAAAGGCGCGUUCGGUGGUGGCGGCGGCAGCAAUAACAGCCCCAGCUGGACCGAGACCAGGUGGAGCGCAGCCGACGUGCAAAACAGCGCGAGGGAAGCGUUAGGGCGGCGCCCGCACACGGAAAGACCCCUCCGCGUGAACCGCGGCGGACCGGGCCGGGGUCCCGGCUUCCGAGGCCCCGCCUCUCGGGCCUUGGGACUAAUCGGAUUGAGAGCGCGCCGGCCUGGACCGCGAACUCGCCAAUUGCGUAGGGCGUCAGCCACCGCCCAAUCCGGAGCAGACAGGUGCGAGCCCCGAAAGGCGGAGGCCAAUCAGCAGCGGUUGCGGCCUGUUGGGGCCGGUCUCGGCCAAUGAGGAGGCUCGAGUGACAUCUUCGCGCACCAAUAGGGAGUGAGAGAGCGUUCGUGCCCGCCUACCCUUCCGGCCUGAGCUCUAUUUACCAGGGGCGUGCGGCCGGUUUACCAAUCAGAGCGCGGCUGAGCGGCCAAGCAGCCAACCCCGGAGGAGCGGCCGGCCGGCGUCCGCCGCACCCAAGAGUUGGGGAUGUCCUACAAACCCAUCGCCCCCGCCCCCAGCAGUACCCCCGGCUCCAGCACCCCUGGGCCCGGCACCCCGGUCCCUACAGCCGGAAGUGUCCCAUCGCCAUCGGGCUCGGUGCCGGGAGCCGCUGCCCCUUUCAGACCCCUGUUUAACGACUUCGGACCGCCCUCCAUGGGUUAUGUGCAGGUGAGUGGGGCUGAGGGACUGCCUCUGGAUGGGGACUGGAGGUCCCCUCGGGGCCUGAGUUCAUCGCCCUGUCCUCUUUUGACACAGGCAAUGAAGCCACCGGGCGCCCAGGGCUCCCAGAGCACCUACACGGACCUGCUGUCGGUCAUAGAGGAGAUGGGCAAGGAGAUCCGGCCAACCUAUGCUGGUAGCAAGAGCGCCAUGGAGCGUCUGAAGAGAGGCAUCAUCCAUGCCCGGGCCCUAGUCAGAGAGUGCCUGGCAGAGACAGAGCGGAACGCCCGCACGUAACAGGACGCAACUCCGCCUCCGAAUCUGGACCUUUCCCUGCCACUGCAGAGCACCUGCUUCUCCCUGGCCUUCACCCCGAGUUGCACUUCCCAGCCUGGGCUUCCUGUCCUGUGUCCCGUGGUGGGUGCCCUCCAGGAACCAAGGGGCGGCUCUCACUCCAGUCGACAGCACUAACUGGGACUCUUUCAAGAGUUAGCAGCGAGGUCACUGUGAGUCCCACCCAUGACCUGCCAACAGUGUUGAUCCAACUGGAGCGUUCUCCUUUCUGUGGCCCCCACCACUCAGCACUUACCCAGGACUUUUCACCACUUUUCCCAGACUCCUCCCCUAGCAGGGCCUCCGAAGGCCUGUCACCUCCCUGCCUCGUCUCCUGGGCCAUAGCGACUCUUUUUUCAGUGUCUUUUGCUAAAUAUGCCCUUUUUGUAUAAAUAAAAGAUAAUUUGGAGUUGUUCUCUCA